UGGUGGCCAUGGCGGAUGAUGCUGCGAGGACAAAGGCAUAUAUAAAGAGAGCAAGACAACUUCCCUCCAUUCUUCUCGUUUCCAUCAUUAUCAACUCAAACCAGCUCAAAUACACUCAAAACCAUACAUCCCCGGAGGAUCUUCAUUUCAACGUUUCGUGUUUCUUCAACUUAAUUCUCAUUCAGUUUCUGAUACCAGCUCAAACCCGCUCACUACCUUAAUCCAUACCAACCAAUCAACCGUCUCUCAACCCACACAGACAACAAACCAAACAAACAAAAUGCCUUCUCUCACCAACAUCCUCCUCGCCGCCACCCUGGCCCUCUCCUCCGUCUGCUCCGCCAAGACCAUCCCCGUCAAAGUCGGCGAAUCCGGCCUGACCUUCUCCCCGGAGAACAUCCAGGCCGACGUCGGCGACGUCCUCGAGUUCUGGUUCUACGCCCACAACCACAGCGUCGUGACCUCCACGGCAGCCAAGCCGUGCGAUCCCAAGACCGAGAACGGUUUCUUUUCCGGUUUCUUCCCCGUUGCUCAGACUGGUGUUGCUUCUGAAAACGUCUUCCGCGUAACAGUCAACUCCACCACCCCUCUCUGGUUCUACUGCUCCCAGGGCAAGCACUGCCAGGCUGGCAUGGUCGGCGCCGUCAACGCCAAGACCACCGAUGACUUUGACAAGUUCAAGACGGCGGCCAAGGCGGCGACGAGCAACGUGACUCCCGCCGGCGGUGUCUUUGGUGGUUCCGUCGCCAAGGCCUCUUCCUCUUCCGGUUCUGGUUCUUCUUCCGGUGGUAGCAGCACCCUGGUUCCUGUCGCUAGCGGUACUGGUACUGGCUCGGGUGCUCACUCGACUGCUUCUGGUUCUCCUGUUAGCGGUGCUGGAGCUGUUGGUGUCUCUUUUGGUGUGUUGGCUGCGGCGCUUGGGUUUGCUCUUGCUUAAGAAGGGUCGAACUGACUGGGUACUGGUUGGUUAUGCACAUGGUGUCAUGAAUUUGAGCUGAUGGAUGAGAAACGGAAACAUUAAACAAAACGGCGGUCUGAAGCUCUGGGCUCCCUGGUGGAGAACGGAUGUAUGUUAAUAAUGUGUUAUUUGAACUGGUUUUGAGCAUUUGGUUUUCAGCACUGUUUUUGAAUGUGCAUUGUCUGGCGGUCAUUGGGUUGUUUUGCAUGUUUCUCGUUGUAUACCACGUCGCCCUAUGUUUUUUGA